AGUACAGUGUGCCCUGAAGCAGCUUGGAGCGAGGUGUUCUGGAGCAAAAUAUGGACAGAAUAGGCCGUUCUAAGCGCACUUUUUGCUGGUUUUGCAGUGGAACCUACCGUUCACAUGAAAACCACAACAAAACUGUGCCUUUUGAUGUGUUUUAUGUUUGUUUUGGGACGUUUUUCGGUUGCCCUGGCAACCGAGUGCAACAUGCCCUAUGGCGCCCUGGGACGCGAACGGGGCACUCCGUACGAAAAAAACAUGGCGAAGGACAGAGCGCUCCCGGUAGAUAACGAGAGCAAGAUGAAAUAUCUGCUCAUUCAUCUUCAGAACCGCAUCAAGAUAGGUGCCUUUCCGUUGAAGAGCAUUAAGACUUCACCCAAGGUGGAGAUCUAUCGCGAAAAGAUGUCUAUUCGAGACGAAGACGUUCUUCAGAAGUACGGCUAUCGCCUAGGGGUGACCUUAGGGGACGGGUCGUACGGUUGCGUCAAGCGAGCCUUCUCCGUCAGGCUCGAGAAAGACGUGGCCGUCAAGAUUAUCAACAAGAGAGUGGCUAGUAAGGAUUUUCUUCAGAGAUUCCUUCCCCGCGAACUGGCGAUCGUGCAGCGGCUACAACAUCCCAACAUCGUCAAAGUCUACCAGAUCAUUGAUACACCAGACAAGGUGUACACUAUCAUGGAAGAAGCGCCACAUGGCGACUUGUUAGAGCACGUGCAGACUCGAGGUGCGAUGUCAGAGCGAAGAGCGCGGGAGACCUUCCGUGAGCUGGCCGAGGCCGUGUCCUACUGUCACACACAGGACAUCUGCCACAGAGAUCUCAAGUGCGAGAACAUCCUACUUGACGCUCACGGCCACGUCAAGCUCACGGACUUCGGGUUCGCCCGCGACGCGCCCUCGGACGACAGAGGAAGACCGACCAUGAGUCAGACAUUCUGCGGGUCUGCCGCCUACGCCUCUCCGGAGGUGUUGCGCGGGAAACCCUACCAGCCCAGCUCCUACGACAUCUGGAGCAUGGGGGUGGUACUGUACAUCAUGGUUGUCGGCACCAUGCCGUUCGAUGAUUCCAACGUGAGAAAGAUGCUCCGGAAACAGAUGGACAGAAAACUGAACUUCUCGUCCACAAGAACCAUCUCACAGGAGUGCAAACUCCUGAUCACACAGAUGCUGAGUCCAGACGUCUCACAGCGUCCCACAAUACACGAGGUCCUGAACAGCCGCUGGCUCAGGUCGUCGCAAAGUCAACCACCAACCUGCAGCGCUGCCUGGCGACUAGAAUCAUCAUCACAACCUUCCACAACAGAGUCGGCCAUGGUGUCCAGAUAGUCGCUAGUCUGUAGUAAUCUAUUGUGCAUGUAUAUUUUCAAUUUCCCUUUUCUACUGUGACAGAAUCUGUCCAUUUAUUUAUACAAAUGAGGAAUGUGUAUUCCUAUUAUGACAUGGAGAAUAAAAUCCGUGUUGCUUCCUGA